AUGGCGAAGGAGAGGAACAAAACGGCGCUGCUGGAAUUGCUGCCAAGCGAGGGGAACGGCCGGUGCGCCGACUGCCAGGCUAGCGAUCCAGACUGGGCGUCUCACACUUUGGGGGUGUUCAUUUGCUUAAAUUGUUCAGGGAUCCAUCGCAACAUCCCCCAGAUCAGCAAGGUGAAAUCCGUCCGGAUGGAUGAAUGGGACUCGGCGCAAAUUGAGUUCAUGGCUUCUACGGGGAACACCGUCUCCAAAGCUAAAUACGAAUCAAAAAUCCCACCCUUUUAUUAUAAGCCAACUUUUUUGGACUGUCUACUGUUACGAGAACAAUGGAUCAGGGCUAAAUACGAAAGGGAAGAAUUCAUUUACACUGAAAAACAAGAGCCUUACUCUGCAGGCUAUCGGGAAGGAUAUCUGUGGAAGAGAGGACGCGACAAUGGGCAGUUUCUCAGCAGAAAAUUUGUCCUUUCAGAACGGGAAGGAGCCCUGAAGUAUUACAACAGAAACGAUGCCAAAGAACCCAAAGCGAUCAUGAAAAUUGAGCACCUCAACGCCACUUUCCAGCCCGAGAAAAUUGGAAACCCCCACGGGCUGCAGAUCACCUACCUGAAAGACAACAGCACAAGGAAUAUCUUUGUCUACCAUGAAGAUGGCAAGGAAAUGGUGGACUGGUUCAACGCCAUCCGUGCAGCCCGAUUCCAUUACUUGCAAGUGGCGUUCCCUGGAGCCAGCGACACCGAUCUGGUGCCAAAGCUUUCCAGGAAUUAUCUGAAGGAAGGCUACAUGGAGAAAACUGGGCCCAAACAAACAGAAGGGUUCAAAAAACGCUGGUUUACCAUGGACGACAGAAGAUUAAUGUAUUUUAAGGAUCCUUUGGAUGCUUUCGCCCGGGGAGAGGUUUUUAUCGGGAGUAAAGAAAACAGCUACAAGGUCCUGGAAGGGCUCCCCCAGUCCACCCAGGGACAUCACUGGCAAUACGGCAUCACCAUCGUCACCCCUGACCGGAAGUUUCUCUUUGCCUGUGAGACCAAAAGCGAUCAGCUGGAGUGGGUCUCCGCUUUUCAGAAACUGAUCAAUCGGCCGAUGCUGCCGCAGGAAUACGCAGUGGAAGCCCACUUCAAGCAUAAACCCUAGCGACGGUCUGAAG